AUGAAAAAGUAAAUGGCUAAUGGAGCAUAAACUACUAAAAGAGGGAUUAUUCUUAAUAAAUGUGAAUAAACAGGAAAUUAUAUAACUAAAGAAGAAUUAUAAUACAUAGCAUCAACAAGUUUCUUAAUUAAUAAAUGUUUAGAUAAAGACUUUAUCUAAAGAGCAAUCAAUUCUUUAUAAACUAAAGUAUAUUAUUUAAAUAUAUUAAAUAGAUUAAAUCUCAAAUUGAAUUAAAUAUUUCAGAGUAAAUUUUAGAAGAUUUUUAUACUUUAAAAGAGAAUUAAAUGAGAAAACGAUAAUAAUAUUUUGAAGAAUAAAAUACUAUUAAACGAAAAUAAAUUGGUAUAAGAUAUAUUGAUCGUUAGCUGAAAAGACCAUUAGUCAAAAAAGAAAGCAAUAUUUUUCUAAAGAUUCUCGAUAGAUGAAAGUUGUGAAAUCAAAAUUUGUUUAAUAUUUGAUAUAGGCUUAAAAAAAGAAAUUUCUUAAAGAAGCAAUAGAAUUUAAGAAAUAAAGUCUGUUGAAAAAAUUAUAAAGAUAAGGAAAUCCUUUAGCAAACAUAUAUGUUUAAAAAUUUAAAGAAAUAAUGCAAAAUAUUGUUAAGAAAUAUAGAUAAGUAAUUAUAUUAUAAUAAAAUAAGAAAAAAGGUAAUCAAAUAGUUUCAUAAUAGAACUUUUUUGAAAGAAAUGCAUCAAAAUAAAUGAUAAAACCUUUAUUUAUAAAAGAUGGAGAGGAUUUAAUGUUAGAAUAGGUAAAACAUAAAUUUCAUCCUCCAUCUAAAAUAUUGAUUUGUGACUAGGAAGAUAAGAAUAAUAAACUCUAAUAAGAGAAAUUAAUUAAGUAAAGUUAGAAUUUCAGAUUAGCCAUAAGAAAUUAGAAUUUGAAAAAGAAUGAGUUUCUUUAAUUUUAUAGUGGAGGACCAUAAUCAAGUAGAAGAUUUUAAAGUUAAUAAUUAAAAUUUAUAAAUUAAAUAGAAGGGAAAGAAUUACCUAAUAAAUAAGGUUGGAUAACAGAUGAGAUAGAAAUACAAGCUGCAAAUAAAAUAAAAAUUGCAAUGAAAAGAUAUUUGUAUAGAAAAAGGUUAUCUAAAAUGUUUGGAUAGAAAGUGGAGAUAAAAAAUAGAGAAAUAGAAAAGAAGAUUUAAAAAUGUUUGAAAGCAAAAAGAUUUUUAGAAGAAUUAUCUUAAGAAUUAAGUAGGAGAUAGAAUGAAAAAUUAAAGGAUCUUUCAGUAUUUUGUCCUCCAAAAUUAGCUUUGGAUUAAUUAUAAAAGUGUAUAUUUGCCCCAUAUUCAACACCAUCAUCUCCCUUGACUCAAAGAUUAAGUUAAUAAAAAACUUUAGAUAUAUCGUUAGCAAGCAGUAGAAUAGCAAAAUAAGUAAUAGAAUAUUAUUAUAUAGAGCUUACAUUAAAAAUAAGAAAUAAAGAAUGAGAAUUUAAAAUAAUCUUUAAUUAAGAAAGUAGCUAAGAUUCGUAUAAGUGGAGAAACAAAAGUGAAAAGCAGAAAGUUAAUUUAAGCAGCAAAAAUGAAAAGUGUAACAAUAGCUGAAUCUGCUGGAUUUCAAUAUGUAAAGGCUGAUACAGAAUAAUAUGAUUAAAAUGGAAAUACGCCAUUAUAUUAUAGUGCUAAAUUUGGAGAUACUUAAAUGUCAAAGUUAUUAUUAAGAGCUGGAGCAGAUGUAAAUUAAAAAUGUUCAAAUGAUAAUACACCUCUUCAUAUGGCAUUUUAGUCAGGUAAUAAAUAAAUUAUAAUUGAUUUUUUAAAUAAAGGAGGUGAUUUAAAUAUUAUUAAUAAAGAUAAUUGCACUCCAAUAGCAUUUGGAAGUUUAGAAUUACUUAAAUCAUUAAAUUUAUAAGAUUAUAUUGCAACAGUACUAUUGUUUUAAUUAUAAAUAGGUAAAACCAAAUUAAUAAUGCCGAAUUGAUAAUUAAUAGAUGCUUCAUUAAAAGAUUAUUCAUUUAAAUCAUGAUUUUAAUGAUGAAUUAUUAUUAGAUUUAAAAAUGAGAAUUUGA